AUGGCCACCAUUCCCACCAAUGUCUCCGCCGAAUUUCAGAAGCCGGACCUUCUACCGGUGACGCAGCAGCCGAAUUAUCACCGAAAGCAGGAAGUAUCCGCUACUCAUGACGGGCUCCGCUUCUGGGAGUUCAUGGUCGCCGGAUCCAUCGCCGGCAUGGUGGAGCACAUGGCAAUGUUCCCCGUCGAUACUGUCAAGACCCAAAUGCAAGCCGUAGGGUUUUGCCCAAUCAAGUCCGUUGGCAUUCGUCAUGCCGUUCAGUCUAUACUAAAAUCCGAAGGCUUUGCUGGGUUUUAUCGCGGUAUUGGAGCGAUGGCCCUCGGAGCCGGCCCGGCUCACGCAGUGUACUUCUCCGUUUAUGAGCUCUGUAAGGAGACGUUUUCCGGAGGAAAUCCGAAUAACUCCGCCGCCCAUGCUGCGUCGGGGGUCUGCGCCACGGUGGCCAGCGACGCCGUCUUCACGCCCAUGGAUAUGGUGAAGCAGAGACUGCAGCUCAGCAGCAGUCCGUACAAGGGGGUAUUUGAUUGCGUAAGGAGGGUAUUGAAGGAGGAGGGGUUUAAGACGUUUUAUGCCUCCUAUAAAACCACUGUGCUCAUGAAUGCGCCUUACACGGCGGUGCAUUUUGCCACUUACGAGGGCGCGAAGCGGGGACUAAUGGAGAUAUCGCCGGAAAAUGCAAGGGAUGAGCGGUUGAUAGUUCAUGCCACUGCAGGGGCAGCUGCCGGAGGCUUUGCAGCAUUGUUUACGACUCCAUUUGAUGUAGUGAAGACUCAGCUACAAUGUCAGGGCGUGUGCGGCUGUGAGAGAUUUAAAAACGGUUCUAUCAAGGAUGUCCUUCAAACAAUAGUUAAGAAAGAUGGAUAUCGCGGUCUGAUGAGGGGUUGGAUGCCGAGGAUGCUCUUCCAUGCUCCUGCUGCUGCUAUUUGCUGGUCUACAUAUGAAGCUGCUAAAUCUUUUUUUUACGAGUUGAACACUGGCAGCAGCAGGAGGUUGUAGCAUUACCACCUCAGAACCCCCACGGAACAGUCAUACGCUUCAGUUGCCUUCACACACAAGACGAACAUACAUGAAUCAGCUUUUGUUUCAUCUUCUUUUAAAGAGGUUUCCUCCUCGCCCUCUGACUCUAGCUGGCAAAGGACCGCAAGGAGGUAAACCAGCCUAGGUUACCCAUAGCUGACCGGCUCAAACUCAAGGGUUUGAGGAUCGAACCUCCAACCUCUCGGUUGUAGGUAGAGCACUCUUGCCACUUGGGCUGUCCUUACGGACAACUUUUGUUUCAUCUUGUCUAAACCGGUAGCAGUGAUUUCAUUUAUUUAUGUACAACCACGGUUCAAGUAGGUAAAAUGCAAAUAUAGAAAUACAAAAUGAGAGACCAGCAUUAGCUAGGGAUUCGGUCUCUUUUGCCUUAAAUUGUUUUUUUUUUUUUUAAACACUCUUGAUUCUUUACAAGAUAGUAUCUGUUUUGUAUUUUAUCAUUCUUUUUCAGCAAAAAAAAUCAAUGCCCCCAUCAUCGGAUUAGAUACUUCGAUCCUGUGACCACCCAUUUGGAAUGGUAGCAGAAGUGCCAUCACACUCCAUAGUAGUUGGCUUCUAUGUCUUAAAUUUAAUAGCCAUUUUCUUGUUUUAGAAGGUUUGCGAACCGAAUAGCCCAUGCAUUAGUUAGGUAUUCGGUCUCUUUUGCCUUAAAUUGUUUUUUUUUUAAACACUCUUGAUUCUUUACAAGAUAGUGUCUGUUUUAUAUUUUAUCAUUCAUUUUCAGCACAAAAAAUCAGUGCUCCCCUCAUCGGUAUUAGAUACUUCGAUCCUGUGACCAUCCAUUUGGAAUGAUAUCUGAGGUGCUAUCACACUCCAUAGUAGUUGGCUUCUAUGUCUUAAAUUUAAUAGUCAUUUUCUUGUUUUAGAAGGGCUGCGAACCGAAUAGCCCAUGCAUUAGCUAGGGAUUCGGUUUCUAUGCUUGACCGUAGAGGGUGAGCAAUGGUAGAGAUUGCUUGAUGAUCAUUCUUUAGAAUUGGAGUUGACAUUUCUUGCUACCCUUUGCAGAUAGCUACACAGUCGAUAUCAUUGAUGUGUAUUCAUUUGUGAAAAGAAUCAUUAACUACCCAACUGCUAUGAUGUGAUGGUAUGCAUCAAUUAUAUCUGUUCAACUGAAAUUUUUUUUGUAGAAAAACCUGCAAGUAGUAGAAUAGUACUAGCAAAGGUGAUUCAUGAUUGUUACGCCCAAGAAUCACCGCAAGGGUAGUCGGUGCGUGGUAAGUUCUACCUUCAAUCAUUUUACUGAGUCAUGAUUCACAUAAUCACAUUGCAAUAUAAGACUACUUCACAUUACAGUAACAUACAUCUUCAUUUUUUACUGAAUGUUCAUUUUUAGUGUAUUACUUGAUGGAUUUCAGCGCUGCACUAUGCUUACUUCCCAAGGGAUCACCCAUCCCGUGACUGCCGG